AUGGAUCCAGCAGUGCUUUUGCCAUUUUUGGCCGCUGCUUGCGCCGCCAGCUUGUUGCCACUGCACCAACACCCCCUGUACCACGGCGUCCAUUUCGGGAAAUACACCGAGGAUCGGUCCCAGUUCCACGCCCAGACUCCCCAUGGCGGCUACAACUACGGCUACGCGGAGCCCAAUGGCGCCAAGAAGGAGACCCGCCACCCUGAUGGCACCGUCACUGGAACCUACUCACACCCAUUGCCGGACGGCAGGACGCUGACCAACAACUACGUGGCCGACGCCUACGGAUUCCGCUCAAAUUUGGCGCCGACGGCGCCCAAGGACUUCUCGCCCAUCGCAGUGGCGGCCUACGACGUCUCCGCCCCCGUCUACCAACACUCCGUCCACGCCGUCGCCGUUCCUCGGCCGCCGAUCCACGUCACCAAAGCCGUCGACUACCACCAAGCCGCCCCCUACGGCUACGGCUACCAUCACUAAAUCACUGCCCCCCCCCAAAAAUGUCUAGCUACUUUCUGAUUCCCCCCACCAUUUCAUUUAAAAAAGAGAAGAAAACGACCCUCCCCAGAUUCUGCCGAAAUUUCGCACACACAUCAUGAAGAAUUUCACUGAACAUCUUUCGAAGGCGACGUAGUGAUUUCACAGGAAUUGUCUGGACCAGGAAAAGUAGAGAGAAACCGAGUUGCUUGAAAUCUUCCCGUGAGAAGAUAUUUUUUUCCUCUUUAAAACUCACUAUUGAUUUCGAUUUUGUAUUCUGCAAAAAAAGUAAAAACGACGGCUGAAGGCGGGAAACUAACGAAAAUGGCUCCGGGGAAUCAUUAUUUGCUCACUCAUUUGCUGUUGAGUGAUAUCAUGUGUUAAAACGAAAGAGGAGAGGCAUAACAUGUACAGAUGGGAGGGAAAAACGAAUUUAAAGAGCAAAAAAGAGAAACAAGUUUCGAUCAAUUAUUUAAAAGAAAAAAAAAAGAGUGCGAAAACGCACUUCACCAUUCAUAGCAUUCAUCCAAGGGCAGAAUAAAAUACAUUCCUCUUGAAAAUCUCUGUCAUCGGAAAAAAAUAUGGGGGAAUAUGUUCGAAAUAUUUUUUUUUUCUCCACACGAGAAUCGGAACUUUUUUCUUGAAAUCUUGUAUCAACAUCAAUCCGUGUUUUAUUCAUCGAGUAUCAAAUCGGCAGCAAAUUUUUGUUUGUUUGUUUGUUCCAUUCCAAAGUGGCGUGUUUUUUUGUUUGUUUCAUUUUUUCUGAAGAAAAAAAAUUGAUGAUCAGCAGCCGAUUGCAUUUUCAGCACGUUGUAUGCAUGAUGAUGAUGUACGACAAGAAACAAAUUAAGCGUUGUGAAAUACAUUUGCAUUACGUCAAGUUUAAAAAAAAAAA